AUGAUGACUUUCUCUAGACAAACAAAAAUGCCUGCAAGGAAAUCCUUCGCCUCUUUCGGCAUCUCCAGAAAGCAGAAACUCCAAAGAGGCCCCAGACUUCAUCCGGGGGGCCCCCUGGGGGGCCCCCCUACCGUGGGGGGCCCCUUCGGGGGCCCCCGUACCGUGGGGGGCCCCUUUACGAUGGGGGGCCCCCCCAGGGGCCCCCUCAGGGGCCCCCCCAGAGGCCUCCCCGGGGGCCCCCCCAGGGGCCUCCUCGGGGGCCCCCCCGGGGGCCCCCCCGGGGGCCCCCCCGGGGGCCCCCUCUGGGGGCCCCCCGGGGUGGGGGGCCCCAGUAGGGGGCCCCUCUUCUCCCUCGGAAAAGGCACUGGGCCUCCUUUUGCUGCUGCUGUCUGCUGCAGCACGGGGGGCCUUGGGGGUUUCCUCAUCUGCAGUGUACAUACACCCGAACACGCACACUGGCGUUGCGCUGCUGCAGCAGCAAAAGGCCACAUACCAGCUGCUGCAGCUGCUGCUGCUGCUGCUGCUGCAGCUCCUGCUGCUGCUGCUGCUGCUGCUGAAGCAGUUUAUUUGUUUUUGAAACUAACCUGA